CCUCUGUGAAACUGUAAGACUUUGAGAAGCAUCAGAAGGGUGCCAGCAGUUAGGCUAUGCUUGGCUACUUUAAAUCUAUAUUGACUAAGAAGUAUUUAGAAUGUUAGCUGUGUUUGGACGUAUGAACAGUGUUGAGUAAUGGAUCUGCGAGAAUAGAAAGUAGGUGAUUACUAUUAUGAGUAAUAACUGAUGGUGGCGCAUAACUGGAGUUGGAAUUGGGCAAACUUUCUGAGCUGCAAAGAAGACUCUGCUGUGCGCAGUGUCGGUAUAACAGCUAUACAUCCAUUAUGGACACCAUAGACAAAGCAAGUGAUGGCUCACCACCUGGAAAUAAAGACUCAGAGAUGGAGCCUCCGAUUGCGCCUCAUCGCUUUACCCGCAGAGAGGCCAGGUACGGGAGGAAGAGCACAAUCAAACCCUCCAAGAACACAUCCGUGAAAGAGCCUGAUGCUGGAACUAAGCCGGUUUCCCCAUCUGUACAGCGCAAUCUGCUCUAUGGGGAAGCUCUAUAUACCAUCAUACACCGCAUGGGGAUUUCGGAACCAGAACAUAUAUCUGAUAAUGAGCAGCUAUAUGAAUAUUUGCAAAUGGCUUUCAAUAUGGAUCCUGAGGAGCACAAGGCCAUAUUUGAAAGUGUUAAAGGCCUUGAGCCCCCAAUAUUCUGUGUGAAAGUUACAGUGAAAGAAGCGAAAGGGAUUAUUGGAAAAGAUGUCAGUGGAUUUAGUGACCCCUAUUGCAUGUUGGGAAUUGACAGUCGAGCUGACACUAGAUCCAGAGACAGCAGUCCCAAUCCUGAUAAGAAGCAGAAGCACAAAGCAGUGGUCCGGAACAUGCUUCCAGAAGACCAGACACAUAGGACUCAGGUCAAGGCCCAGACCUUAAAUCCUGUAUGGAAUGAAACAUUUAUAAUGGAAGUGAACGACAUAGAACAUGCAUGGUUCCAGAUGGACAUGUGGGACUCAGAUGAUGUGGAAUCUGUCAGAUCAAAGCUGGGGGAGCUCACGGAUUUGCAUGGAUUGAAGAGGAUAUUUAAAGAUGCUCGUAAGGACAAAGGUCAAGAUGACUUUUUAGGCAAUGUGGUUCUGCGACUGCGGGAUCUAAAGUGUAAGGAGGACCGUUGGUAUCAUCUAGAACCUCGGACAGAAACUUAUCCAGAAAGAGGACAGUGCCACUUGCAGUUCCUUCUUACACACAAAAAGAGAGCAACAAUGCUGAGCAGGAAUCCCAGCUACAUCGUCCACCGCCAGCUACUACAGCAGUUUGUACGUCAUGAGAUCACUUGCCACAAGGCCGCCGGUUCCACAUGGAAUGGAGAAAUCGGUCCUCAUGGUAUUACCAUUCUGCACCUGCAUGCUUCCCAGAAGGACCUGUCUGAGUUUCAUCAGGGACUUGCGCAGUGGCUAGCUUACAGUAAACUGUACCAGAGUCUGGAAUUCAGCAGUAGCUGCUUAUUGCACCACAUAACAAGUAUUGAAUACCUGUGGGUUCAAGGUCGACUGCAGGAUGAGCAGAAAAAUGAAUUGGCUGAAUCAUUUGACUCCCUUUUGCAAUAUGGAGUGUCCCUUCUACAGAGGUAUCGCAUUGUGUUCCCACUGUCAGAGUCACGUUCCACAGAACGUCUUCAGGGUCUGCUCAGGGUGCUGAUACAAAUGUGUAAGACCAAGGCUUUCAGAGAGUUGUGCUCUGCCACUCCCACCUUACAGGACAGAGUGAUCCAGGCCAUCAAGACAGGAACCCAUGAGUGGUUUGAUCUGAAGAGACAGCAUCUGCAACCAAUGAUACAGGGCCAUGAGGAAAACUUGAAGUCUUUGCUAAGCCUGGUGACAGAUGUCAUAACUGACCUACAGAGCUGUUACAAAAGCAUGAACAAGUGUUUUAUAAACACUAUCAAGGUGGAUAUUUUCAGCCUGGCCUUCCAAGAACUGGAGGAGUUGGUCUCUCAGCAGUUGCUCUGUCAGUUUCCACCUCCUAACCACACCUCUCGUCGCCAGCUCUCUGAGCUCCUCUACCAACUCUAUCUCACUCUGCGUGAGCUUCACAAACUCCAUAACCACCUACCAACAAGGGUUGAUCCCCUUCCCUUGUCUGAUAUCCACCGUUUGUUUGCCGACUCAUUACCUAGUUGGCUGGAGAAGGCGUAUACAACUGCUCUUGAGAGAGUUCAAAGAGCUGUUCAAAUUGAUCUGUUGGUACCACUGUCAGAGUUACAGAAGCACAGUGCAUCCACCGUGGAUCUGUCCACAUGCUUCACACAGAUUGGACGCACAUGGCAGCAACUGGACUGGCCUGACCCCGAGGAGGCAUUUAUGAUUAUGGUGAAAUUCACUGAGGAUAUGUGCCGUAUUACCAUUAUGUACUGCUCAAUGAUUAAAGAAAGAGCUGAGAAAUUGUCAGAUAAAGGGAAUCCAGGACAGGCUGCAAACAAGUUGUGCCUGGUGGUUAAUAAUAUUGAGCAGCUGCGGUUGGUGGUGCGGUCGCUGCCUGAUAAGAUGGACUGGGCAUCUCUGGAACGCAGAACGUCUGAUGCCAUAAGCGCAGGGCAGUUUGAGCACACACUCUAUGACCAGCUGAAGAAUGCUGUGGCAUGCCUCGACCGUGAGAUCCGAGGAGUGGUGCAAGCCCUUGCUCAAAAAUUGGACUCUGGCAUUGCUAAACACCUUCAUUCCAUAGCCAACAGCAGUGACUCCCGCAAUCCCAAUGAUACCAUCAUCCCGCUGAUGAAGUUCUUGGAGUCAGAGUUAAAAUACAUGAACCAGAACCUAGUACAGGAAAACUUUAACUGCCUCCUGUCUUUGUUGUGGUCUCACAUCCUAACAGUCAUCUCCAACCUGUCCGGCCAGACCAUUGCUUCCCCCCGCUACUACCAGAGGUUGCAUGCAGCACUCAAGAACUUGGAGUUAUGUUUCCACGCAGAGGGCUGUGGAUUGUCAAUGGACUCUCUUCACACUGCUACAUUCAUGGCACUGGAACAAGAACUUGAACUCUGCUCUUCCAGCACUCGGAAACUAAUCGAGAAGUAUUACCAGAAGAAGAUUGUGCAGCAGGGAUCCAUGACAGAGAAGUAUGGUGCCGUCACAGUGAAGGCCAGUUACCAUCAAUCAGAGCAGAAGCUACGUGUGGAGAUCCUCAAUGCAGUGAAUCUACUUCCCCUGGAUUCCAAUGGCAGCAGUGACCCCUUCGUGCAGCUAAUGCUGGAACCUAAACAUGUAUUCCCAGCAGUGGAGCCACGUUCUACACAGGUCAAAAAGAAUGAGCUGAACCCUCUGUACGAUGAGACCUUCGACUUCCUGGUGACCCUGGAGCAGUGUGAUGUUCCCGGAGCAUGUCUGCUGCUGACAGUAUUUGAUUACGAUACUCUGCUGUCUAAUGAGCUGGAGGGAGAGGCUUUCUUACCUCUUGCCGAUGUGCCGGGGUUAAAAGAGGAGAUCAGUGAUACUGUCACCAUCAUCCCACAGACACGGCUGCCCCUGUCCCACCCAAAACUCAAUGGGGACCGUAUCCUGCAACUCCUGGACUGUCGUCGUUCAGAAAAGGAAGCCGCCACGUUUGUCAAACUUCGUAGGCAGAUAGCUCGUCAGUCUAAGGAGUCUGAGCGGUGACCCUGGUGUGUGAGUUGCUGCAUAUAGCAAUCUGAUUUGCUAAUGGGUCAGACCAGGAGAAGUUUUCUACUAUAUGGUCAAUGAACUGAGGAGGUGUCGGCUGGGCAUUAUCAGGGUGCUGUGCAGAGCUUAAACUUAUAUACUUAUGUAAUUGUACUGGCGGACCAAUGGCUGCUACUAUCUUUUCUACCAUGCAGAUACCUGUAUAGAAUAGUCCUAUUUAAACUUCCAAUGCUUAAUGCUGUCACUGUUCUGAGAUUAGAGAUAUACCAAUUAUACAGGAUUAAGGAGCCUGAUCAAAGCCCUUAUUCAUGUGUUAACAACAGAUUCCACAUGAUUAAUGCAAUUCUAUAUAACAUCUUUAUUUAUUAAGGUAGUAACUAAGUUUUGAAAUUUAACUUUCAUUGCUACUGUUUUAGCCUAUGCCAAAACAGCGGCUUAUCAAAGAAGCGGUCUUGACAUGAGACAGUGAUAAAUUGCACUGAACCAUAUUCUACAGCAAAUAGCAGUCAUAAAGAACCAAUGAUUCUAUGGUAACAGCUGGUGACGUUUCUGUCAAAUUAUUUGGUUUAAGAUUGUGUGACGUCAUCAUUACACCACACAGAGUUUCACCAUGCAAUCAUACAUUCAAAGGAUUGUAUCAAAAAGUCAUAAGAUCAAUCCAUGCAAACGUAGAUUUGAUAUCACAGAUAAAUUGUCAGAAUCAUACAGUUAUGACAGAUGUUACAAUCUGAUUUGUAUGAGGAAAAUAAAGUACACUUUUAUAUUUAUACUAAAA